GGCGCCCUCCUUCCUCCCUAUUCCCUACUGGUCAUGUCAUGCGCCCCGAACCCUAUCUUUCGUUAUCAGGAAUGCUCCUGGUGGCUAUCCCUCUUCUCCUCCUCUACAGACUUCCAGCCUCAGGUGCAGUGCGGACAUUACCAGGACAAGCUGGCGGUCAGGACACAGCUGCAAGACACCUUCUUUCUCUUCCCAGCGACACAUUUCCGGAGGAUGAUACGGCGGCAGAUGUCGCAGGACUGGACGAACCUUUUCCAGAGCCGGAGGUGGAGACCGCAAACGCAAAUCCGUCGUCUGUCUUGGUCUACAACUCGACAACUCUUGUGGGCGAAAAUGGCUCCAACUGCCAAGCAUCUGAGAAAAAGCCUCCGCCGCCGCCGCCUCCACCAGUCAUUCCUUUGCCGAACCCAAGCACUCAGCUGCCGCCUCCGCCUCCUCCGCCAAGUACGGCUUUGCCAUACUCAACCCCGUCUUCUCCUGUUCCCGACGUGAACUUACCCCCCGAGAAUUCGUUGCAAGCAACUCCUCAGACGCAAUUGACGGCGCCUUCUUUCCCGGCGAUGCAAUUCACUGCACCGCCACCUGCCAAGCCUAUUCUGACUGCCCCACCAAUUGCAAGCGCGGAAUCGGAAUCACAGUCCACCUCAGAAUCGUCGGCACUUCCUGCCACUUCACCGGAUACGAAAGUGAGGUCUAUUGAAGUGGAUUUUGGAGCCGUUGCAGCCGAUGAGCCCCGGUGCUCCAAUGUUGGGCGCGAUAUCUUGAGCGAAGGUGGAUCAGCUGUCGAUGCGGCGAUUGCUACAGCUCUUUGCCUGGGUGUUGUGCAUCCUAUGUCAAGUGGAAUCGGUGGCGGAGGGUUCAUGCUUGUAUGGCUCGCAAACGGAACUGCGGAGGUUAUCGAUAUGAGAGAACAGGCACCUGCAGGAGCCACAAAGGAUAUGUACAACAUCGACCCGUCUCUGGCAGUCACAGGAGGUCUGUCUGUGGCGAUUCCGGGAGAAGUGGCGGGUUUCCAUGUGGCCUGGCAAAGACAUGGUAAACUCCCUUGGGCUCACCUCUUUGAACCGGCGAUCGAUAUGGCGAUAAAUGGUUUUGUUAUUGAAAAGUAUCUGGGCAAUGUUCUUGCCGAAAUCGAGGAGCAAAUACUAGCAAUAAAAGGGCUGAGGGAAGUGUUCGCACCCGAGGGACGAGUACUGCGGACAGGGGAGGUCUGCAGGAUGCCCAAACUUGGGGCAACGCUGAAGCGGGUGUCAGAGGAGGGUCCCUAUUGCCUCUAUCACGGUGACAUGGGAGCGAGCUUAGCGGAGGAUAUCAGGGAAGCUGGAGGGAUUAUCACAGCCGAAGAUUUCAAAUCUUACACCGUCAAAAUCCGAUCGCCUCUCGUGGUCGAUUUGUUGGGGCACACAAUGUAUGCUGCACCGCCGCCAUCCUCCGGAGGAGCAACCAUCAUUGAGGUUCUGAACAUCCUCGGCGGAUUCAAGUUUCCUUUGGCUGGUGCGGGAACCUUGGGUAUUCAUCGCUUUGUGGAGUCCUUAAAACACGCAUUUGCAGCGCGUGCCAGUCUUGGGGACCCAGAGUUCGUGCCCGUCAACUCUGUUCUGAUGGACAUGCUGUCAGAAGCGUACGGAAACGAGAUGAGAAACUCUAUCGUGGAUUCUCAGACGUUCUCGUCCGAGCAUUAUGGCGGACGAUGGAACGUUACCUCUGCAGGACUCCUCGGCAACGAUUACGGGACAAGUCAUGUGUCGGUGGUGGACCCGUAUCGGAACGCGGUGGCGUUCACGACAACAAUCAAUACAGGAUUCGGCUCCAAGGUCGUUUCCAAGUCAACGGGGAUUCUGCUGAACAACGAAAUGGACGACUUCUCAAUCCCUGGAGUGGCCAACACGUUUGGAUUACCGCCGUCCAAGAUGAAUUUCAUUGAGCCAGGAAAACGGCCACUAUCGUCCAUGUCUCCAACCAUAAUCACUCGCAAGGGACUUUUGAAGAUGGUUGUGGGAGCAAGCGGAGGUCCACUGAUCAUUCCCGGGGUAUUGCAAGUGAUCCUGAACUACAUAGCACGGGGGAAAGUGCCACUUGACUCAGUUACAGAUCCCCGCCUACAUCACCAGUUGGUGCCUAAUGAAGUCGAGUACGAAAACCGAACAAUCAUAAGUGGGGACCACAUCGAGUUCUCGCCCUUUUAUAUUUCUGGGUUACAAAGGAGAGGGCACGUGCUGAAAACCGCUCGGUACUCAGCGGUCUGCCAACUUAUUACUCAAGACUUGGAGAAGGAUUCCGAACCGAACCCGGCCUAUCCGCCGAUCAAUGGUUUGUACCGCGGGAAAUUGGUGGCGGUGAGCGACCCAAGGAAAGAUGGCUCUCCCGCAGGCUUAUGCCACUUCAUAUGGUACCUGUGUGCUGGCACUGCUUCAUCACGUGCGUUUGAAGGACAAUUGGCAGUUGAAGAUGGCAGUUCAGCAGUGUUAUCGCCUUUCGCAGAAUCGACCAUACGGUCGUCAUCGCUGCAUCUGGACCGGAAGUUGGCCCAAAUUCAGCUAUAAUGACCCUGGGUUCUAUUCAGGGAAGAUGGUCGAUGGUACUUUGGCAGCUCUAGAUGGUUAUGUUGACAGAUUAGACCCAUUUAGUACCCCCCUCCCUUGACUGGACAGCAGGUAAUCGAUCUCCUUAGGGCAACAUGAUCAGGCAUUGUAGUUUGCAGCCGACAAGCCAGCCGAGCAUGGGCAUUCAUGCUGGUUUGGCAAAUGUGCAGCAGAGUGAGUUUUUCGCCUGAUCGUCACAACGUCGGGACACGGUCACCAAGGAGACGAGGCUGAGAACCAAGGACCAGAACUGGUCACCAAGGAACACAGUCUGAGAACCAAGGACCAGAGUCUAGUCACAAAGGAACAGACUCUGGGAAGCAAGGAACAGAGUCUGGUCACUGAGGACCAUGGAUUGGAUUCACCACUAGCAUCACUUCCUCUUCGCUUAUGAGCGGUCACUUCCUCUUCGCUUAUGAGCGGUAUACUACAUCGAUCCAAUGAAGCGCUAUUGUCAUGUCGACCACAUGAAUGUUGUGAUCACGGCUUCAUGAGGGACGGAGUGCUUCAAGUUGUACUUAGUUCAUUGCAUCACUAAACUUAACUACGCACUUUGUAACUGAAGGCGCGAAGCGUUGCGGUAGCAUCUGGUCACCAAGGAACGGAGUCGGAGAGAACGGAAUCUGAUUACCAAGGACCAGAAUCUGGUCACCAAGGAACACAGUCUGAGAAGCAGGGAACCGAGUCUGAUCAUGAAGGAUGGGAGUCCGAGCAUGGAGGAACGGACGCUGGACACCAUGGACUAGACUCUGGUCGUCAAGGUUCCGCCAUCAAUCCACGUUAUUCCGUGGUGCGUGCACUCGCCGUGAGUGGGAGGCCGAAGGAAACGCUCUGGUCCAUAAGAGUCUGGUCAUAAAGGAACACAGUCUGAGAACCAAGGAACAGACUCUGAGAACCAAGGAACAAACUCUGGGAACCAAGUACGACAGUCUAAGCUCAGACGGGACAGACUCUGGUCACCGAGGAACAGAUUCUGAGAAUCAAGGAGCAGUCUGAGAACCAAGGAACGGAGUUGGAAACCAAGAAACAGAGCAUGAGAGCCAAGGAACAGUUUGAGAACCAAGGGAGAGAGUCUGAGUCUGAUCAUCACCAAAGAGGAAACUCUAAGUACAGAGGGGGACAGCAUCUAUGUACUGAGGAAAAGCACUUGAGAAUCAAGGAAUGGAAUCUGACCUCCAAGGAGAUCAGAUACAGAUCGGCAAGGAAUCACAUAUGGAUAUUCACGAGCCUGACGGCAAGGAACAGAUACAGAUCAGCAAGGACCGCAAUUUUAGCGCCAAGAACCAUCUUCCGAGUCCUAACGGGCAACGAGUCUAUGCUGCCUUGGCACAGCCGUACAACGAAGCGUUGGCUUUGACUAGGUACCCUGCAAGAUACUGACACAGGUGGGAAGAGGAACUCGAGCUAGGGUUAGAGUGCUUUUUUUUUCGUCUUUUUUUUAGGCCAGAAUGGACUUUCUAGGGGGGGGUUGAUAAAAUCAGCCUCCCCUAGUAAAAGCCUCCUUCUAGC